UUAGUUUAAAAAUAGUUCUCAUUGGCGAUAUGAGGAUUUUGACUGUCACGAUUAUAUUCAUUGGCCUAAUUUGGUUUUGCUUGGCUGAACAACCGUAUACGGUACAAAAUGAAGCGCUUGAACCAUUUAAAGGACUGAGGGAAACUUCCGUCGACAUGUCUAAUUUAAAAACUGUGGGGCGCCAACGUUUUUUGAAUGGUUCGGUCGCAAUACUGCAGGACCUGGAUAGUGAUAACUUUAAAUUUCAAGUAGAAUUAUUUUCGAGUCCACAGGGUGAUGGUCAAUAUAAGCAACUACCAAUGGGUGUGCCAAUGACUAGAGUUUGCGAUGGAUUCAAAGAUUUGUACACAAAAAUCAUACAACCUUCUCUAAAACAGGGAGAAAAUACGAACUUCCCGUUCAUACCGGAUGAAGGGUUGUGUCCUUUACCAGCUGGAGAGUAUUAUAUAAAAACUGUAGAGUUUGAUACGGAUACCUGGCCGAAUCAGAUUCCACGCGGUGUCCUAAAGGCUGUGUUAACAUUUUUCAAGAAUGAAGUGAGUGUUGGAGGAACUGUGAUGAAAAUGAAAAUCGAGGAUCGACAAUAAUCAAAGAAUCAGUGAAAACCAAAAUUAAUAAACGGUUACCAGCAGAUCAUAUGUAGUUGUACUGAAAACAUGGUGGAGGGAAUUGAAUAUUUUUAGAUAUAGUUCUCUAGGUGACAUAAAGAUUUUAUUUGGGUGCAGGCUUUUUCCAUAUGUUUGAUGACUAUCAACACUGUCACUUUUGUUUUUGACAACGUGGAUAACUUAAUAUCAAAGCAUAUUUACAUAUUGACAGCAUUAAAUAUUAUU